GCUUACCAAAAACAAAAUACUUUGGUUUAUUUGUACACUAUCAAAAAAUGAAAAAUAAAUAACUAACAAUGAAAAAAAUAAAAGAAACAAAUUUGCUGGCUACAAGCAAACACAAUACAAAAGCAAGGAACCGUUUCCCCUUCCUCUUCUUCUUCUUCUUCUUCUUCCUCCUCUCUCUACAGAGUCAAAACUACCACCAAACACCGCCGAAUUCAAUUUCUCGCCGACCGCCCAAAAUCCCCCUUCCCUCCCCAAUUUCUCGCCGGGAAAACUUCUCUUUCCCAAUCUAUCUAUAUGCUAUUGCCGAUCGAUCGCUGCUUGCUGCUGCUGCUGGCGGGCGACGGACUUUCCUUCUUCCCGGUGACCGGUGGAAUUUAACACUUCCUUCUCCCCCGAUUAUUAUGAAGAACAACAGCAAAGGAAGCAACAGCAGCAAGAACACUACAAACACCACUCAUGGCUUCCUUCCCAACUCUCUGAAAUUCAUUUCGUCGUGUAUCAAGACUGCUUCCUCCGGUGUCCGCUCAGCUAGUGCCUCGGUUGCCGCAUCGAUCUCCGGCGAUAAUCAAAGCGGGGAUAGAGACCAGGUGCUGUGGGCCUCAUUUGACAAGCUACAGCUUAGUCCAUCCUCCUUCCGAAAUGUGCUCUUACUUGGGUACUCCAAUGGUUUCCAAGUGAUCGAUGUUGAAGAUGCCUCUGGUGUGACUGAGCUCGUUUCAAGACGGGAUGAUCUGGUCACAUUUUUACGUAUGCAGCCACUCCCUGCUAAGGCUGAGGGUUGUGAAGGAUACAGAGCUGCACAUCCUUUGCUCCUAGUAGUUGCUUGCGAUGAAACUAAAAGCCCAUCAGUUGUUAUCAAUGGGAGAGAUGGAUUGAUCAGAGAUGGCUUCAAUGAGAAUCAAGCAGGAGGCUUUGCCCUCUCUCCCACUAUUGUUCGUUUUUAUUCUCUGAAAUCGCACAACUAUGUUCAUGUUCUAAGGUUCCGUUCCCCAGUUUUUAUGGUUAGAUGCAGCCCUCAGAUAGUGGCGGUGGGCCUCGCUACACAGAUAUACUGCUUUGAUGCUCUCACUCUAGAGAACAAGUUUAGUGUGCUCACAUAUCCUGUCCCUCAACUGGCGGUCCAAGGAGGGAUUGGGGCAAAUACUGGUUAUGGGCCAAUGGCAGUGGGUCCGAGGUGGUUAGCUUAUGCUUCUGACAAUCCAUUGGUAUCAAAUACUGGUCGCCUAAGUCCACAAAGUCCUACACCUCCUAUGGGUGUAAGUCCAUCAACUUCACCAGGCAGUGGCAAUUUAGUUGCUCGUUAUGCUAUGGAAUCGAGCAAACAGUUAGCUACCGGAUUGAUGAGUUUGGGUGAUAUGGGCUACAAGACUUUGUCUCGAUACUGUCAAGAUUUUAUCGCUGAUGGUUCUGGUUCACCUGUCUCUCCAAAUUCUAGUUGGAAAGUUGGACGAGUUGCAGCUCAUUCUGCAGAUGCUGAUACUGCUGGAAUGGUUGUUGUGAAAGAUUUCAACUCCAGAGCUGUGAUUUCGCAAUUUAGAGCUCAUACAAGUCCCAUAUCUGCCCUAUGCUUUGAUCCGAGUGGGACGCUUUUGGUUACUGCAUCAAUUCAUGGGAACAACAUUAAUAUAUUCCGGAUCAUGCCGUCCUCUGUUCACGGUGGUUCUGGUGCAAAGAAUUACAAUUGGAGUUCUUCUCAUGUGCACCUUUACAAGCUUCAUAGGGGCAUAACUUCUGCGGUGAUCCAGGAUAUUUGCUUUAGCAGUUAUAGUCAGUGGGUUGCCAUAAUUUCAUCUAGGGGCACCUGCCACAUAUUUGCACUUUCACCUUUUGGUGGCGAGAGUGUUCUCCAAAUAAAAAACUCCGAAGUAGAUGGGCCAAUCCUAUUACCGGUUUUUUCUCUACCAUGGUGGUCCACCCCAUCAUUCCUGGUGAACCAGCAAUCUAUGUCUGCAUCUCCACCAUCGUCUGUUACUCUCUCUGUGGUGGCUCGAAUAAAGAAUAACCAUUCUGGCUGGCUUAACACAGUUAGCAAUGCGGCAUCAUCUGCUGCAGGAAAAGCAUCAAUGCCAUCUGGUGCUGUUGCUGCUGUCUUCCACAAUUGCGUGCCGCAAGAUUCCCAGCCUUCUCAUUUGAAAAAAGUUGAUGCCAUGGAACACCUGUUAGCUUAUACUCCAUGUGGACAUGUGGUUCAGUACAAGUUGGUGACUUCACUUGGUGGAGAACCUAGUGAAGCUACUCCAAGAAUUGGUUCGGGUUCUUCUCUGCAGGCUCCAGAUGAGGAACUACAUGUGAAAACUGAAUCGGUUCAGUGGUGGGAUGUUUGUAGAAGAGCAGAUUGGCCAGAAAGAGAGGAGCAUAUCAGUGGGCUUACUCACACCAGACACGACUAUUCAGAUAUGACAAUGGAUACUUCUGACUGUGAAGAUAACGGGACUGGAAAAGUUCGCACUUCUGAUAUGGAUAUGAUGAAAUCAUAUGAACAGUCUCACUUGUAUCUUGCAAAUGCUGAAGUCCAGAUGAGUCCCUGGAGAACACCGCUCUGGCAGAAAUCCAAGGUGUAUUUCUAUGCAAUGAGUGGCAUUGAAGGCGACGAGCAGAAUGUUGCUGAAGAUCACUCCGGUGGAGAGAUUGCUGUAGAGAAGGUUCAAGUUCAGGAAGUUGAAAUCAGGCGGAAGGAUUUGUUACCUGUUUUUGACCAUUUUCAUAGAAUUGCUGAUUGGAGUGACAGGGAACUUCGAAGGGAGAGAUCUACUCUGUCUACUGGAUCUGUUGCAGCCUUCCAGCCUAAGAUGUUUACAUCCAGCUCUGCCCCAAACUCAAAUGGCGGGUCAUCAACAAACUUGUAUAUAUCUGCUCAACAUAAUCCCGGAAAAUUUGGCGGGAGAGGAGGGAUUUCGGGCUUAGCUUAUCAAAACCCAAGUGACAAUAACAGUGGCUUGCUUUCUUUUAAGCCAACACCAAUGAGUAUCUCUCCUGCUGAAGAAGAUAAUAAUAACUCUGUGCAUAGCGAUGUAGUAUCCUUAACCCAUGGCUCGCCUUCUCCCGGAAGAAAUAUGGGAAAUGAAGGCAGGUCAACAAAUAGUGUUCUGACCAGUGAAUCUUCAAAUGCAAGCUCCAAUCGUUCUGAUGUGAGUGCAAAUAUUAUAGACGAGGGAAUGAUGGUGAAUGAGUCGCCAGAUUUCGAACAGCUUUUCCAGGAGGGCUACUGUAAAGUUGCUGCCCUCUCUGAAUGCUGUGAAUCCGACAAGGGCAAAGUCGUCAAUCCAUCGGAUAACAAUGCCAGUCCUCAAGGAUUGGAGAAGCCUGAUGAUGACGAUGAUGAUGACAUGCUCGGAGGUGUCUUUGCUUUCUCAGAGGAGGGUUAAUGUCAGCAUCCUCCGGUUGUGCCAUAGCUGGCUGAUGAAAGUCGCAUUCUGUCUAUUUGUGAGAAGUGUCGGCCACCGGAGGAGGGACGUGGAGGGAGGGAGGGGUGUGUACUAAUUGGGAAGGCCACAAGCGAAAAAUCGCUUUGCAAACCAGUGUGUGGCAAUCAAUGGCUACUGACUUAUGUGAAUUCCAGGGGAAAGAGAAGAGGGUCAUUGCAUUUGGCAAGAAUCUCUGUCGAUUUGCUUCUUCUAAUUCUAGUUGUACAUGUUGUAAAUUCCAUAAAAAUUCACAGGAUAUAGCUUGAUUUGUGUGGGGGUAAAAGAAGGGUUCUCUAUGUGUUGUGUAACAUUAUUAUUCAUUCUUGGCAAAAAGGAAAAAAAAAGGAAAAAGUGGAUGAAAAAUUAUUUGCAAUAAAGAAAGGAACACCGCUACAUCUUUAUUUUAAUACUAUUUUUUUUCCUGUCAUAUCUCUAUCUACCUGGUGGUAAUCGGUAUUUCGGUUAGUAGUGAAACUGGUAAUUGAACGGGUAAUCAUAAAUGGUAGUACUGAUAGUUGGAAGUGGGAUUGGGGCUGGCGGUACCGAAUAUUAUCAGGGUACAGCAGGUUAUCUUGUUAUUCGGAAUACCGGGA